AUGUCAGUAAUGACUGAGUCCUCACGCAUACCAUUGUCACCACAAACUCCCCAAUCAAGACAACUUAUGACUCCGAACUAUUCACUUAUCUGGGUUCAAAGUGGCUGGGAUGAAACAGCGACGAUUUGUCAAAAUAUACUCACGCAAUUGCGCAUUUUUGCCAAUGAGAUUACAAUCUGUAAGGAUCCAGCACAUUGUAUUCAGUGCCUGAAUGAUAUGAAUGACGGAAAAGCCUUUGUCAUCUCCUCUGGAGAUUUGGGCCAACAUCUCGUGCCACAGAUACAUGACAUGCAACAAGUCUAUACCAUUUACAUUUUUUGUGGCAAUAAAACAAAGCAUAAACAAUGGGCAAACGAGUGGGUAAAGAUUAGAGGUGUUUUCACCUCAGUCAUACCCAUUUGUGAGUCCUUGAAAAAGAUCACCAGUGAAGUCGAUCAUGACACAAUACCGAUAAGUUACCUCCCGAAGCAAACUAUAGAAAAGGCAGCAGCAGCAGCUGAUGAAGGAAAAAGAUCCGAUCAACUGCCACCAUCUUACAUGUAUUCUUCAAUAUUCAAAGACAUCAUAUUAGAAAUCGAUGAAAACGAUGAGAGAUUGCAAGAUCUAAUGGUUUAUUGUCGUCGCAAUAUUCCUAAAAAGGAAUUGAGAAAUUCUGACUAUCUGAAUAAAUUGGAUUAUUUUCAGAAUGAAUAUCACAAGAGAACGACCGUCUGGUGGUAUAGUGAUAAGAACAUGUUUGUGUACAGUAUGCUCAAUCGUGCUCUGCGUACACUCGAUAUGGAAGCCAUGAUAAAGGUGAGCUUUUUUAUUCGUCAUCUUCAUCGAGAAUUGGAACAACUGCAUAAGGAACGGCCCGACGAAUUUAAGGAGUCAUUCACCGUGUAUCGUGGCCAAGGGUUGUUGCCCGAAGACUUUGAACAACUUUGUAACACGAAAGGUGGACUUCUAUCGUUCGAUAAUUUUUUAUCAACAAGUACCAAGCGUGAAAUAGCAGAGGAGUUCAUCGAGUCCGCAUUACCGAAAUAUAAAGACAAUGUGGGUGUUCUCUUUGUCAUGAUAAUUGAUCCGAAUGAUGUCUCAACAUCGACAACUGCUUUUGCUCCUAUCAAAAAAUACAGUGAUUUUCAGGAAGAAGAAGAAAUUCUCUUUUCAAUGCAUACCGUAUUUCGUGUGGGUGACAUUCAACAAUCAACCAAGAAUAGUCUCGUAUGGGAAGUACAAUUGAUGCUAACCAGUGACAAUGAUUCACAGCUGGCUACUCUCACCAAAUACAUGAAAGAGAAGAUUGAUGGCAAAGGAUGGUAUCGAAUGGGUAAAUUUAUGCUCAAAGUGGGUCAUUUCGAUCAAGCUGAAAUACUCUACAAUGAAUUACUCAAGAAAGCUACGAAUGACAGCGAUAGAGCAGAAAUCUAUCAGCAACUUGGAGAGACAAAAAUUCACAAAGGACAAUACAAAGAAGCUAUUUCAUAUUACAAGAAAUCCCUAGAAAUCAAGCGAGAAACUCUCAAGGAAGACAAUACUUCAUUGGCCCUUACCUACAAUGAUAUCGGUCUCGUGUAUAGCAACAUGGGCGACUACUCGAAAACACUUGAAUUUUACGAAAAAUCACAGAAAAUCUACGAAAAAGCUCUACCUCCGAAUCAUCCCGAUUUGGCUACUUCCUACAACAACAUCGCUGCAGUGUACUACAAAAUGGAUGACUACUCGAAAGCACUUGAAUUUUACGAAAAAUCACAUAAAAUCUUCGAAAAAGCUCUGCCUCCGAAUCAUCCCGAUUUGGCUACUUCCUACAACAACAUUGCUUCAGUGUAUAACGACAAGGGUAACUACUCGAAAGCACUUGAGUUUUACGAAAAAGAUCUUGAAAUCACGAAAAAAGUUCUUCCUCCAAAUCAUCCCGAUUUGGCUGUUUCUUACAACAACAUUGGCUUAUUAUAUGAUGACAUGGGUGACAACUCGACGGCGCUUGAAUUUCAUGAAACGGCGCUUGCUAUUCGAAAAAAAUCACUUCCACCAGAACAUCCUGCAAUUAAACGAUCAAUGGACAAUAUUGCCUCAGUGAAAAAAAAAAUGUGA